AUUGGGAUAUGGGAGACGAGCAUCGCGAGGAAGCCUACCGGCACUUCAUCACGUCCCUCAAACGAUCUCCGAGCUUCGCGCCGGCUUUCACAUCGCUCGGGAUCUAUUACUCCGAGUUCGUGUCGCCACCGGACCCUAAUCGCGCGUCGAAGUGUUUCCAGAAGGCGUUCGAGCUCGAUCCGAGGGAAGCGGAGGCCGCCCGCAGACUUGCAGAAGGCUUUGCAGAGGAGCGGGAGUGGGACCUGGUCGAAGUCGUGGCACGGCGGACUAUCGAUGGGGAAGGUGGUUUGGAGGGUGGCACUGCUACCGCGAGAUACCUGCCGAUUAAUGCAUGGGCUUGGAAAGCGAUCGGGGUGGUUGAACUGAAUCGUCAAAACUAUCCCCAAGCCAUUCAAGGUUUCCAAAUUGCACUAAGGACGGAUGUGGACGAUCAGCUCUCCUGGCUGCGACUUGGCGAGGCGUACAGUAAAGCAGGCCGUUUUGCAGCGGCAGUCAAGGCACUGGAGCGUGCGCGCGAGCUCAAUCCGGAAGACUGGAUCUGCUUCUACUUCAUCGGUGAGGUACAGCGGCAGACCGGUCAAUACCAAGAAGCCAUCGUAGCGUUCGAGUCCAUCUUGACGAAGCACCCACACGAGCUCGGCGUUCUCGUGUCGUUAGGCCAGGCGCAUCUCGAUUUAGGCCGGAUGCAUGUUACUGCUGCAUACACGGCAAGGGCGGAGAGCUCCUUCACCUCAGCCGUUCAAGUUGCACUGCAGAUGAUCAUUGAAGCCAGUUCUGGCUUCCGCCGUGUUGCUUGGAAAAUUGUUGCAGAUGCUGUGUUCCACCUCUCACAGUUCACACAAUUCUCGGACGAGGAUCUUGUUCUUGAUGUCCUCUACCAAUUGGUUCCUUUCGUCUCGGAUCACCCUGGUGAGGGUUUGACCGGCAUCGUGACGCUGCCUUUGUCCCUCCAGAAGUCAGCAAACCUUCCGUUGUCCGCAUUGGAAAUUGCUGUUGCAGCAUACAAUUACCGGAUCUCCUUGGACGCACUGGACGAAACAGCUGUCGCCAGCGCGCAUUAUGACCUAAGCGCGGCCUUGUUUUCCUACUCUCGAAGAGCGAGUGCAAAGCAACAACUCGCAAAGCAAGAAGCAACGAAGCACAUCAAGGACGCUUUGCGCGCUGAACCUGGCAACGAUCGAUAUUGGAAUGCUCUCGGAAACAUGGAGUUUGAGUCGCGACCUAAAAUUGCGCAACAUGCCUACGUGAAGGCACUAGAAAUUAAUUCGAAGAGCACGAUUACUUGGACAAACCUGGGACUCCUCUACCUACAUCAUGGUGAUACGGAGCUUGCAAAUGAAGCGUUCUAUAAGGCGCAGACGCUGGAUCCUGACUAUGCAUUGGCUUGGGUUGGCCAGGGCCUGGUUGCUUCUCUCAACGGUCAUGCCCCGGAAGCCAGAGCGCUAUUCGAGCAUGCGGUUGGCUUGAGUGCACCUGUGGUAUCUCAAACACGCCCGUCCCAAUUGGACGCAAUAUCCCCGGCCUUCUUUGUUCUCGAUCGCUUCUGCAGAGGAAGACCUCAUGAUGCAUCUGCUUUACAUCUAUUCGGAUUAGUAUGCGAGCGUAUCGGGCAUAUCGAGUUGGGUAUCGAUAUAAUUGGUCGCGCCAUCGUGUUGCUUGAAGCUGCGUAUGAAGACACGGAAGAUCCUGUUGUCGAGAGGCGUUUCAGCAUAGCACACACAAAUAUGGCGCGUCUUCGACUCUCCAUACAAGAUUACGAGGGAGCGUUGGAGUCUUACCAAGUAGUGACUGGCCUGCUGCCGGAAGAUUCAGAGGAUCGCAGCGCAAGAAUCUUGCUCACUCAAGCUCAAUUUGGCGCUGGCCUCGCUCAGUUUAAGCUCGGCCAGCUUGCAGAAGCUCUUGCUCUUUUCGAAGCCGCUCUGGACACGGCAGCGAACGAGCCAGACAUGCGAGGGCAUGUCAUCGUUAUGUUAGCUCAGACGCUUUGGGCUAUGGGGACGGAAGAGGGCAGAGAGUCUGCGAAGGCGCAGCUACUACAAAGCAUCGAGUCUGAUCCCGAAAACCUGCUGGCCAUCAACACACUUGCAGGAAUGGGCAUUCUAACGGAUGACGACAGCCUCGUCGACGCUGCACUGUCCGAGAUUCUUGCGCUUCCUCCUGAUCAACGCCUCGCUCGAGACCCCGACAGAGAAGUAACGUAUCUCCUCGUCCAGCACCACCUUGGACAGGGCGAUGUCCGGCAAGCUCUAUCGGUGUCGCAAAAGGCUGUCAUAGUUGAGCCUUCCCGCCCUGAGAUCAGGCAGACGCUAGCCGAAUUGGUGCUGCAACAAGGCGACGGCGAAGGUUCGCUCGCAGUACUCGCGGCAACGCAUCAAGAUUCUUUGGCCCAGCAACGUGAUUCUCUAUACCUUCACGCCAUCGCGCGUUGUGUCAAUGCCAAGACUCAGGAAGAAGCUCAUCAGCUUGCCCAUAAAGCUGUCAUGCUCACACCAUGGGACAAGCGCAACUGGCAGGCACUUGCUUUUGUAAAAAGUGCUCAGUAAUCGUAAUACAUACACAGUUGUAUCAUCAAUACUAACGACUUUAGCAUCACUUUACAGUGCACCGAUGAAUGUUUGACCGCGCGUUGGAGGAACGAUUGAAGAGUGAUGAUGCCUCGACUGACAUGAUAAAUUAGUCCACUGCUCAGAGUGGAUGGUGCCUAUGCCAAUUAUCCAAGUGUACGCUCUAUGAUGCAACAGCAUGUUAUC